CUCUCUCUGCAUGCUGCUGUGUGGAAUAGAAGCAGCACAACAAGCGACGUGUGCGCGCCCAUAAAUAAGGCCAGAAGAGCGUGCACGCUGCAGGCUGGGCUGUGCAUUGUUCUCCACACAACACGGAGCCUCGGUGGGUGACGCCACGCCGCACGGAGAAGAAGAAGAAGAAGAAGGCUUGGACGAGGCGCAGCGCAUCGACUCGGACGUGAAUCCGGACCAUCCGGGCAAUUAAGGCAGAGGGAGGAAGACGUCGUCCGGACGCAACACACCGGGAGGAUGUCUGCAGGAUCCAGCAUGCACCUUGAGGAGGCGAGAACAGUGUGAGCCCACAGAUGGACCUUCUGUGUCAUGGAGCCAAGAGAGCAGAGGGCGCCGAUCCCCCCGCAGACCCUCGGCCUCCUCCUGCCAAGAUGGUCCGUCUGGAGCAACAUGGAGCCGCUGGAUGCUCAGCGCAGCAAGACAGGAGCCUGCAGGAGAGUCCGGGGAUCCAAAAAGCCUUUCUGGCCCAGAAACCUUCUGCUGGGAAGCAUAGGAGCUCCCAGUUAAGAGGAAGCUCUUUGCCAGUCUUCUGCGUGGUGGAGCACUUGGAGAGUCCAGUGGACGGAGAGAGGAAAGACCAACAUGCCGAGUAUGUUCUGAUCAAGCGGGACCUGCUCUUCAACCAGCUGAUCGAGAUGGCCCUGCUGACCCUAGGAUACUCGCACAGCUCGGCUGCUCAGGCCAAAGGUCUGAUCCAGGUGGGCAGAUGGAACCCUGUGCCUCUUUCCUGCGUGACUGACGCUCCAGAUGCCACAGUGGCCGAGAUGCUGCAGGACGUCCAUCACGUCGUUACCCUCAGGAUACAGCUGCAACGCUGCUCCAGACUGGAGGACCUGCCAGCCGAGCAGUGGACUCACUCAACAGUCAGAAACGCCCUGAAGGAGCUCCUCAAGACCAUGAACCAGAGCUCGCUGGCGAAGGAGUGUCCUCUGUCUCAGAGCAUGAUAUCGUCCAUCAUCAACUGCACCUACUACGCCAACGUCUCAGCUGCCAAAUGUCAGGAGUUUGGUCGCUGGUACAAGCACUUCAUGACCUCCAGAUGCAACAACACGGAGAGCUUCUCCGAGCAGCCGUCACACCUACCCGUCAGCAACGGUCCAGCGGACCAGAGCCUCCUUUACCUCCACGGAGGCAUGAGCAACAUGGUGGGCGGGGCCUCAACGCACGGCCUGCUGACCCAGACCCUCAGCAGGUCUCAGCAGCAAGUCAUGACGCAGCUCCUCAACCAGCAGUAUGCCGUCAACCUCAUGCUCGCCGGCCAGCAGCAGUUCCUCAACCAGCCGCCUGCGGGGAGGUCUCCUGCCAAGGUUUUCCCCAAAGCCCCGGACCCCCAGGGCCCCCAGCAGACUCCAUGUUGCCCCGAUGGAGGCUCUUCGGCCGGGUCGGUGGACGUGUCGUCCGACAUCUACCACUGUGUGCGCGAGGAGAUGAAGAGGGCAGGGAUCUCCCAGGCCGUCUUUGCACGAGUGGCUUUCAACAGGACCCAGGGCUUGCUGUCGGAGAUUCUCCGCAAGGAGGAGGACCCUCAAAAUGCCUCCCAGUCUCUCCUGGUCAACCUGCGGGCCAUGAGCAGCUUCCUGCAGCUCCCCGAGGCGGAGAGAGAGCGCUUCUACCAGGAGGAGAAAGAAAGGAGCCUGACUGGAUUCACGCCCAGCUGCAACAACACACCACCGACAUGCACGCAGGCCAGACUGUCGCCGGUAACGGUGGAGCGAGCUUUGAGGACGGACAGUUGCAUUCUCCACGUGAGCUCGUCCAUCUAUGAUGAGAUUCAGCAGGAAAUGAGGCGUGCCAAGGUGUCGCAGGCUUUGUUCGCCAAGGUGGCCGCGUCCAAGAGCCAGGGCUGGCUGUGCGAGCUGCUACGCUGGAAGGAGGAACCCAGCCCGGAGAACCGGACCUUGUGGGACAACCUGUGCAUGAUCCGCCGCUUCCUGAGUCUGUCCCAGCUGGAGAGAGACGCCAUUUAUGAGCAGGAGUGCACUUCCUGGCACUGCUGCUCUGAUAGACGCUCCCUGGCUGCCCACGACAACGCUUUGUACCAAGGCAACGCUCUGCUGACUCAGCAGCCUCAUCUUCAACCUCAACAAGCCUUGCACCCAGAAGCAGGACCUCCUUUGUCUCCACGGCAACCGUGUGCCGCAUCACCAGUCGAGUCGGAGGCCGGGGGCAACUGGGGGAUUCUGAAGGUGGUUGUGCACGGCCACGGCGGCGGCGACUUGGACGCCUCGCUGGAGGGCCCGGGAGGUGGCGGCGACGACGUGGACCUGCUGGUGGACUGGAACUGUCUGAAAGUGGAGACGGACACAGGACACGACGAGCAGGCGGAAGGAGGCGGAGCGCGGAAGGACAAGCUUCAGGUGCAGUGGCCCCGCUUGAAGGAGGAGGACGGCGAAAGAUUAGAGAUCCGCAUCAAGACGGAUCAUGAAGACCAGGCCCAGGUGUCCCACGAAGCCAUGGGCAUCCUGCAGAGCUUCACCCGCGAAGUGGGCCUCCACCCGGACGAGGAGGCGGUCCACACCCUGUCGGCUCAGCUGGGCCUGCCCAAGCACCUGAUCCGCAGCUUCUUCAGCAGCCAAGACCACCUGCCCGCUGCACGCAUGCACAGGUACAGGCAGGAGCAGGCGUGUGCGGCCAGGAGAACUGAGCAGCGGCAGGUCGAAGAUGAAAGAGGAGACAAGAGCGUGGAGCAGAGACAAGACAGCGUGAAGACUUUGAAAGGCUUGGACAUCAGCACUCAAACUCUCCCGAAAGAAGAAGACGUCUGACUCCGUGACCAUGCCCUCCGUCUUUCCAUAAAACACGUAUCGAAGAUGGCCGCUUUCUUCUUUGGGAGUAUUGGCCGCAUUUUUCACACAUUCAGGAAACGUGCUUAUUAUGUUUGAAGAAAUCUUCUUCUUUAAGGGGAAAUGUACUUCUUUUGGAUUUCACAAUGUGUGACAAGAACACACAUAUCUUUUGUAUGCAUUCUAAAUCCUCAAUACACAAUAGCAAAAGUCAGCUAACAAUGCAACCAAUCUGUUGUCGCGACCAGAACAGGACUCCGAACACAGAUGCAGGAUUUAAAGACAAUAUAUUUAUUUGAACAAGGGAAGGGGUCCAAAACGGGAGAAACAAAACAAGCUAUAAAAAACACAACUGACCUGAGCUCUAAACUAACAAAAAUAUCAAUAACUCAAAACGCUCCGUCUACGGAGUGAUGAAGGGGCUAUGAACAAAAAACUACUAUGUAUAACAAAAGCUGCUCCAAUGGAGGCGAUAAUAGGAAGAUAUUAGUGAUGGUUCCGGCAACACCGAUGCAUCGGCGCAUGCGUCGAGCUCAUAGAGCGAAACCCUGUGUCGGUGCGCGUACCGCUCUUAGAAAGUCACGUGACCGAUCAUGAGCUGUUUUGGUCACGUGACCGAUACGCGAACUGUGUCGCACUGGCACCUGUGCGCCGAAUUGUGUUUAUAAGGAAGCGCAUCUGUCAACGAGAUGCUGCUGCCAACAGAAUCGCCGCACUUCUGUCGUUGGUCAUUUGUCAUUUAUCGUCGUCGUAGAUCAUUUCCACCGUGUGGGAAUAUUUUCAUCAUAUAUCGGAAAAAAGGUAUUUGUGUUAAUUUCCUUGUUGUUUCAUCCUGUUCUCUCAAAGUUUCUAGCAUUGUCCCACCCACACAAACAUCCUAUUGGUUACAUUAAAAGCAGUAACAAACAAUCUCUUCGAUCGCUCAGUUGGUAGAGUGGAGGACUGUAGUUGUUCAUUCUGAGUUCCUUGUCACGUUUCAUGUGUCAGGCCAUUGUUUAUUUAUAUAUAUAUAUACAUAUAUAUAUAUAAAUAAACAAAUAGAAUGACUCUCAUUUGCUUCAUUGUUAGCUGACCUUUUCUAGCUUUUAUUUGUGAGUUAAAACGCAUGAAAAUGUGUUCUUGUCUCACACGUAAGGAUUGUGAUUUUUUUUUUUUUAAAGGUACAGUUCCCCUUUAAGAUCAUUGGACUCCUUCUUGUGUUGAAACUGUCCCGGAUGUCUUUAGUUGUAAAAAAGAGAAACUGUGUCACAUGACUCACUCCCUGGAUUAUGAAGAAAUGUGGAAAAGAUGAACACAUUUACGUGAGCCGACGACUGAUAGCCAGGGACCGUCAGCAGGGAGAACCGGGGCAGCGGAGCCAACUCGCCCUGGCCCACAUGAGUCUUUUGAGUCAAACGGCAGCUCUCAAGCAGCUCGUUGAGUCGACUGCAGUCACAACGUGCAUUUCAAGGACUGAUGGCAUGUGUGUGCAAGUCCACCUUCUCCGUGAAAGGACUGUUCCAGUUCCAGAUUGUUCCGACCAUGACUCAGUUUGUCUUGAAAUCAUGUAGCAGUCGUACUUUCACUUAGCAUUCUUUAGCUCUCACUUUUGUUUACAGUAGAGAAGGGAUUCAUGCGGCCCCAUUCCUGGGUGGGUCUCGUGUAAGAGGAAAAGGGGAAGGUAAGCAUUUUGCAAUGCAGUCUACUGAAAAUGAUGGAAAAGCGCCUGCCCUCUACAUAGCAAUGGAAUUGCCACAAAACACAUUUUAAGACAGUCAGAAGUCUAAAGUGGAUAGUGCGCCCCCUAAUUUGUCACGUUUCAUGUGUCAAGCCAUUUGAAUCCCCUUCCUACUGUCUGUCAACACCAUGGAUGUUUGUGUAGCAUUUGAAAAAUACUUUGAAUAAAGGCGUCAAGCACAUAUUUAUUAAGCAGA